AGCCCAAAUCUCCAGAAGACAAAGCAGAUGAUGAUUUUCUAGAUCUAAAAGAAAAGGAAAGAGUUAGUAACAAGAUAAGGCAACGCAAUAGAGAAAGAAAGCUUAAAUGUGGAUCAACUAUCCAAGACAUUUCCUCUGACUUAUCUCAUGUUAUAGAAACUGUUAACGAUCAAGAUCCGAAAUUAUUAUAUGAUCAAAAUUUGGAGUCAUUCACAAAGUCACAACCAAUCUCUAAUGGCUCUGAUUUAUUAAAACAAUCCUCUAAAGAGCAAAAUACUAACUUGCAAAAUACUAACUUGAGAAAAUAA